AUUUGGCAUAAAACGGAACCGAGAACUGCUGUCCUUUCACUCUUCGGUUGUGAAAACAGAUUGUUGGGUUUUUGAGGAUUGCCUCAAGCAGGUUUUGACACAGAGCACGAGACUCAGCAUCAGCUAUUUAAAGGAGCGUUUGAGUUAUUUCCAGCUGAACACACACGAUAAACUGAGCUGUUGAGGAGAGAGUGAGAAGAUGGCAAUCGUGCUGUUCUUGGCGACGCUUCUCUCUGCUGCUUUGGCCAGUGACUGUACAUCCAUGCCCUUCGACUGUUCUGACAUCUACAAAUCAGGAGAAACUCUCAGUGGGGUUUACACCAUCUAUCCAGCCGGGGAAACUCCAGUCUGGGUUUACUGUCAGAUGCUCUCAGAUGGGAAAGAUGAAGAGAACGGAGGAUGGACGGUGAUUCAGAGGAGGAUGGACGGCAGUGUGAAUUUCUAUCGGCCGUGGAGAGACUACAAGAGAGGAUUCGGGAAUGUGGAGGGAGAAUACUGGCUGGGACUAGAGAACCUCUACCAGCUGACACGCCACAAGAAGUUCAUGCUGAGAGUGGAUCUGGAGGACUUUGAAGGAAGGAGAGGUUUCGCUCAGUACUCGUCCUUCUCUGUGGGUUGUGAAUGUGAAGGAUAUAAACUGCAGGUUUCUGGAUUCACUGAUGGAGGAGCAGGCGACUCUUUAUCUGGCCAUAAUGGUGUGAAGUUCUCCACUUUUGACAAAGACCAAGACACAUAUGACAAGAACUGCGCUAAAGAGUUUCUCGGGGCAUUUUGGUAUGGAUCCUGUCACACUACAAACCCUAACGCUGUGUAUUUAUGGGGAGAAGAUGCCACCCAUCAUGCCAUUGGCGUUUGUUGGUACACCUGGAAAGGCACUCACACUGUCAGUAUGAAAAUCAUCAGCAUGAAGAUCAAACAAAUGCCUUAGAAACAUGAUGAAGCUUUUAAAAGGGAAAUCUCUUCUGGGUUUCCUUCCUCUUAUUAUUGUGUAACUCAAAAGUCAUGUCUUUGAAAUGUAUGGCUGUUUUUUUUUACUCAAUAAAGCUUUAAUAAACUCC